ACGGAAAUCCGGUUACCGCCAUUUUAGAGUGUUAUCCACUCGGCGUGUUUGUCUCCACUCUCUCGAAUGGUUCGCUAAUUUCUUUGUAAAUCUCGCUAGUAACCGUUUUAUUUCUUCCAUAACAGACUGCUGUAGAGUUAGUGAUUCAAGAUGAGCUACGGCAGACCACCGCCCGACGUCGAGGGCAUGACAUCUUUAAAAGUCGACAAUCUGACAUACCGCACGUCUCCUGAAACGCUGCGGCGGGUUUUCGAGAAAUACGGCCGAGUCGGAGACGUCUACAUCCCAAGAGACCGGUACACGAAAGAGAGCCGCGGGUUCGCCUUCGUCCGUUUCCAUGAUAAGCGGGACGCGGAGGAUGCGAUGGAUGCCAUGGACGGCGCGUUGCUGGACGGGCGCGAGCUGCGCGUGCAGAUGGCGCGAUACGGGCGCCCGCCAGACGCGCACUACAGCCGCCGCGGAGCCCCACCGAGGAGAUACGGGGGAUAUGGACGGAGAAGUCGGAGCCGUAGUCCUCGGCGCAGGAGGCACAGCAGGUCCAGAUCCAGGAGCAGGAGCCGAUCUCGUUCCCGAAGCAGGUCCCGCUACAGCCGAUCCAGAUCCCGGUCCUACUCUCGUUCCCGGUCUCGGUCCCGAUCCCGCUCCAAAACCCGCACCCCUCGCAGAAGCAAGUCCAAAUCACCUUCCAGGUCCCGCUCAAGGUCCAAGUCCAAAUCUCACUCCAGGAGCCGCACCCCCAGAUCAAACAAAGGAUCCAAAUCCAGGUCCAGAUCAAGAAGCAGACCCAAGUCUCCAGAGGCUACUGAUGACGCUCCUGUUGAAUCGUGAAAUGUAAGCAAACCUAGUGCUCUGUAUAAAAGUAUAAAUCUUAUUUCUUGCAAGUGGGUGGGUGGGGGUAUGUACAGUUAUACAAGAAAGUGCUGUUAAUUUUUGUCUUAACCUGAUUUGAGCAGAUUGACCCCCUUGUAACUCAUGCCAGAAAUGGGGCAAGUGAAGGCAUGCAUGCAAUUUAAUAACUUCUAAUGGUUGCUUUAAUGUUUGGCCCCUCUGCUUCCCUCUUGGAUCAAGUUCUUUCAGUCAUCUGCAGAAGUAAUCGAUCGGUAGAUACAUUCUCCUAAUGGAGGUGUCCGGUUUUACCUAAGAUUAGUACGGCGAAGCUGUUAUUCACAGCAUCCGUCUGGUAUCUUUGACCUUGCAUGACAUUUUUAAAGGUUUAUUUUUAAUGCACAUCCUAAACCUCAAACUGGAUAUUUGAUUCGGAGCUGUCGUGGGUAUGAUACCGUAAGUAUUUGUUUGUUUUGCAACGUGUACCAGCCAAAAUCAAUUGAUUUUAUCUAAAUGUGGAAUUCUUUCCUCCAAGCUGCUGAUUCCUGUUUGCAAAAGAGGAGUUUGGGGCAGUUUGAGAGCAGUUAGUGUGUGAUCCGACCAUUGGCUGCCUGCUGCUGAUUGGCGGUUGCUAUGGAGCAGGUCGGUCUCAUUUGAGUGUUGAGGUGGUGUUGAGGUACGUCUGCAGGACAAUGGACUGAGACCUUUUCAUCAUCCUUGUCACAAACUCAUGUCUAUCAUGGCAUAGGCAAAAGCAGAAUGGAAGUGAUGGGGUGUGUUCUCAGAGCUAUUUUAAGCUGUCAGCCUGAAGAGUGUCUGAUUUUCAGGCCUAAUUAUAUACAUUGUUUUCAGGCUAUUUAAUAUUUUAACUGGCAGUAACUUCCUGACGCUUAAAGUGGCUAUGAGAAGUUCACAUCGCACCCUCAGGUUUGUUGGCUCUCUUUCCCUUGAGGUUUCUUGCAGAACAAACAUCAGGUACACAAUGAGGUUUCCUGCAGAAUAAAUCCGUUCCAUAGAUUUAAUGUAAAAAUGGCUAGCUUCUCCUUUAAGAAGUGGAAAGAGUGCCUGUUUGUUCUGUAUAAAUGACCAAAGUCGAGCAUUGCGUAAUAAGCCAAUGCCUCAUUCUAUGGCGAUGUGCCUAUUAUUGCAGAAGCUCCUCUGCUUUAUUGCUUUUGGAAACUAACUUGUUGUUUCUUUUCUUCUAGAUGAUGACUGGUUGAAUCUUCAAGGAUCGCAGUGAACAGAUGUCCGUCUGAGGAUACCCAAAUUAUCCAUAUAUCAGACCGAAAGGUUAUUGUAAUUUGGUCUACAUCUUUUUAAAUGAUUUUGUUUCUCUUCUAUUGCCCACAUUUUUGUAUCAAACACAUUUCAUGUGAUAUUAAAUGAUCUUUAUGCCUAAUUGGGGAUAUUAGGUGAAAUCAUUUUUCUUCAGUUUGGUAGUUUGCUUAUUUGUUUUCCCCUUCCCUACUUCAUGUUAUGAACCUCACAGACUUUAACGUAAGUUCAUUUUAAUUAGUUUUUUUUGUUCUUAAUAAACCUUUAUUAAUGGACAGUUUUGGAUGUUGUGCUUUUCUCCUUUUUUUGACCUUAAAGGACUGUUUAGAGACUGUAGUUUGGCCUCUUUAAAAAUCUUACUAUGUAAAACCAUGACAUCAUUAUUGCCAACAGAGCAGGUCUUGUGUUAUGGUUUAAAUGGGCAAAUUUCACAGCCACAUGUCUCUAAUGUUCUCUCUUGUGUAUUUUCUAUGCACUAGGCGCAGUUGCGUAGCAGUUGAGUUUUGCUGGUUAGCUGUUAAGGUGGCGUGUUGCGGUGCAGAGUGCUUGGCUGUUUCCAGUAUUCUCCUGAUUGCUCCUGUGUAACGCCCUGAUUUGUUUAAAUUUGGCUGCUGCGUUUUUUAUUUGCAGAAACAUCUUGUGCAAGUCUUUUUAUGAAUACUCAUAAUGCAGAUGUCUGAGCUUAACUCCCAUAUCCAGAAUAGUUCCAUCAUUCAACAUGCUCAAUGUGUCGUAAUUUCCAUGUAAGUGGUAAAGGUUUCCUCUGAGCAUGACUGAUUUUGUGCAUACCUAAUUCUUUACUGGUCUGUCAGUGUCUCUUAUGAUGUUUGAUGUAAACGCGCAAAUUUAAAGACUCCAUAACUGGAAAUAAAUUGUAUGUUGAUACAAA